AUGUCCUCCCUCCCUGGGUGCAUUGGUUUGGCAGCAGCAACAGCAGCAGUGGAGUCUGAAGAAAUUGCAGAGCUGCAACAGUCCGUGGUUGAGGAGCUGGGUAUCUCAAUGGAGGAGCUUCGACAGUUCAUUGAUGAAGAACUGGAAAAGAUGGACUGUGUACAGCAGCGCAAGAAGCAACUAGCAGAGUUGGAGACUUGGGUAAUACAGAAGGAAUCUGAGGUGGCCCAUGUUGACCAACUCUUUGAUGAUGCAUCCAGGGCAGUGACUAACUGUGAGUCUUUGGUGAAGGACUUUUAUUCCAAACUGGGACUACAAUACCGGGACAGCAGCUCUGAAGAUGAAGCUUCCCGGCCUACAGAAAUAAUUGAGAUUCCUGAUGAAGACGAUGAUGUCCUCAGUAUUGAUUCAGGUGAUGCUGGGAGCAGAACUCCAAAAGACCAGAAGCUCCGUGAAGCUAUGGCUGCCUUAAGAAAAUCGGCUCAAGAUGUCCAGAAGUUCAUGGAUGCUGUCAACAAGAAGAGUAGUUCCCAGGAUCUACAUAAAGGGACCUUGAGUCAAAUGUCUGGAGAAUUGAGCAAAGAUGGUGACUUGGUCGUCAGCAUGCGCAUCCUCGGCAAAAAGAGAACUAAGACAUGGCACAAAGGCACCCUUAUUGCCAUCCAGACGGUUGGGCCAGGAAAGAAGUACAAGGUGAAAUUUGACAACAAAGGCAAGAGUCUUCUGUCAGGAAACCACAUUGCCUAUGAUUACCACCCUCCUGCUGACAAGUUGUAUGUGGGCAGUCGAGUAGUGGCCAAAUACAAAGAUGGGAAUCAGGUCUGGCUCUAUGCUGGCAUUGUAGCUGAGACACCAAACGUCAAAAACAAGCUCAGGUUUCUCAUUUUCUUUGAUGAUGGCUAUGCUUCCUAUGUUACACAGUCUGAACUAUAUCCCAUUUGCCGGCCACUGAAAAAGACUUGGGAGGACAUAGAAGACAUCUCCUGCCGAGACUUCAUAGAAGAGUAUAUCACCGCUUACCCCAACCGCCCCAUGGUGUUGCUCAAGAGUGGCCAGCUGAUCAAGACUGAGUGGGAAGGCACGUGGUGGAAGUCCCGGGUCGAGGAGGUGGACGGCAGCCUAGUCAGGAUCCUCUUUCUGGAUGACAAAAGAUGUGAAUGGAUCUAUCGAGGCUCUACACGUCUGGAGCCCAUGUUCAGCAUGAAGACCUCAUCCGCCUCUGCACUAGAGAAGAAGCAAGGGGGGCAGCUCAGAACACGUCCAAAUAUGGGUGCUGUGAGAAGCAAAGGCCCCGUGGUCCAGUACACUCAGGAUCUAACAAGUACUGGAACCCAGUUCAAGCCUAUGGAACCCCCACAGCCGACAGCCCCAGCUGCCCCACCUGCCCCACCUGGUCCAGCUCUGUCCCCCCAGGCAGGUGACAGUGAAAGCUUGGAAAGCCAGCUUGCCCAAUCUCGGAAGCAGGUAGCCAAAAAAAGCACAUCUUUCCGGCCAGGAUCUGUGGGCUCUGGUCAUUCCUCCCCUACAUCCCCUGCACUCAGUGAAAAUGCCCCUGGUGGGAAACCUGGGAUCAAUCAGACAUAUAGGUCACCUUUAGGCUCCACAACCUCGGCCCCAGCACCCCCAGCUCCCCCAGCUCCCCCAGCCUUCCAUGGCAUGCUGGAUCGGGCCCCUGCAGAGCCCUCCUACCGCGCUCCCAUGGAGAAGCUUUUCUACUUACCUCAUGUCUGCAGCUAUACUUGUCUGUCUCGGGUCAGACCUAUGAGAAGUGAGCAGUAUCGGGGCAAGAACCCUCUGUUAGUCCCACUGCUCUAUGACUUCCGGCGAAUGACAGCCCGGCGCCGAGUUAACCGCAAGAUGGGCUUUCAUGUUAUCUAUAAGACACCCUGUGGCCUCUGCCUUCGGUCAAUGCAGGAGAUUGAGCGUUACCUUUUUGAGACUGGCUGUGACUUCCUCUUCCUGGAGAUGUUCUGUUUGGAUCCGUAUGUUCUUGUGGACCGAAAGUUUCAGCCCUAUAAGCCUUUUUACUAUAUUUUGGACAUCACGUAUGGAAAGGAAGACGUUCCUCUAUCCUGCGUUAACGAGAUUGACACAACUCCCCCACCCCAGGUGGCCUACAGCAAGGAACGGAUCCCGGGCAAGGGUGUUUUCAUUAACACAGGCCCUGAAUUUCUUGUUGGCUGUGACUGCAAAGAUGGGUGCCGGGACAAGUCCAAGUGUGCCUGCCAUCAGCUCACUAUCCAGGCUACAGCCUGCACCCCAGGAGGCCAAAUCAACCCCAACUCUGGCUACCAAUACAAGAGACUAGAAGAGUGUCUGCCCACAGGAGUUUAUGAGUGUAACAAACGCUGCAAGUGUGACCCUAACAUGUGCACAAACCGGUUGGUACAGCAUGGCCUGCAAGUUCGUCUGCAGCUUUUCAAGACCCAGAACAAGGGCUGGGGUAUCCGUUGCUUGGAUGACAUUGCCAAAGGCUCCUUUGUCUGUAUUUAUGCAGGGAAGAUCCUGACAGAUGACUUUGCUGACAAGGAGGGCCUAGAAAUGGGUGAUGAGUACUUUGCCAAUCUGGACCACAUUGAAAGCGUGGAGAACUUCAAGGAGGGGUAUGAGAGUGAUGCCCCCUGUUCCUCUGACAGCAGUGGUGUAGACUUGAAGGACCAGGAAGAUGGCAACAGCGGCACAGAGGACCCCGAGGAGUCCAACGACGACAGCUCGGAUGACAACUUCUGUAAGGACGAGGACUUCAGCACCAGCGCGGUGUGGCGCAGCUAUGCCACCCGGCGGCAGACCCGGGGCCAGAGGGAGAACGGACUGUCUGAGAUGUCUUCCAAGGACUCUCGUCCCCCAGACCUGGGGCCCCCACAUACUCCUGUCCCUCCGUCAAUCCCUGUAGGUGGCUGCAAUCCACCUUCCUCUGAAGAGACACCUAAGAACAAAGUGGCCUCGUGGUUGAGCUGCAACAGUGUCAGUGAAGGUGGCUUUGCUGACUCUGACAGCCGUUCAUCCUUCAAGACUAGUGAAGGUGGGGGAGGCAGAGGGGAAGCGGAGAAGGCUUCCACCUCAGGGCUGGGCUUCAAGGAUGAGGGAGACAUCAAGCAGGCCAAGAAGGAGGACCCUGAUGACCGAAACAGGACAUCGAUAGUUACUGAAAGCUCUCGAAAUUAUGGUUAUAAUCCUUCUCCUGUGAAGCCUGAAGGACUUCGCCGCCCACCAAGUAAGACUAGUAUGCAUCAGAGCCGACGACUCAUGGCCUCUGCUCAGUCAAACCCUGAUGAUAUCCUGACCCUGUCCAGCAGCACAGAAAGUGAGGGGGAAAGUGGGACCAGCCGGAAGCCCACUACUGGCCAGACUUCAGCCACAGCCGUGGACAGUGAUGAUAUCCAGACCAUCUCCUCUGGCUCUGAAGGGGAUGACUUUGAGGACAAGAAGAACAUGUCUGGUCCAAUGAAGCGCCAAGUGGCAGUAAAAUCAACCCGGGGUUUUGCUUUGAAAUCAACCCAUGGGAUUGCCAUUAAAUCAACCAACAUGGCAUCCGUGGAAAAGGGGGAGAGUGCACCCGUUCGUAAGAACACACGCCAGUUCUACGAUGGGGAGGAGUCUUGCUACAUCAUCGAUGCCAAGCUUGAAGGCAACCUGGGCCGCUACCUCAAUCACAGUUGCAGCCCCAACCUGUUUGUCCAGAAUGUCUUCGUGGAUACUCACGAUCUCCGCUUCCCGUGGGUGGCCUUCUUUGCCAGCAAGAGAAUCCGAGCUGGCACAGAGCUUACCUGGGACUACAACUAUGAGGUGGGCAGCGUGGAAGGCAAGGAGCUGCUGUGCUGCUGCGGGGCCAUCGAAUGCAGAGGGCGUCUUCUUUAG